AUGUCAUUUACACUCGAAAAAAAACAAACAAAAGCACAUCCAAUCCGCGCCAAGGGUAGUACCUUGAUUGCCAAAGACACUGAAAAUUUGAUUAUCGUGUACAACAAAUACAAAUCAAGCUCUCCACAUCCAAACCCUGAAUCACAAUUGGCCUUCAAUUUGGUCUUUUGUCACGGGACUGGGUUCAACAAGUCAGUAUGGCACUACCUCAUUAAGCAGUUGUAUAAACUCUCGCAAUCACAUGAAGUACCCUGGUACUUGGACACGGUUCUUGCUGUUGACGCUCUUGGUCAUGGUGAUUCUAGUUUGGCAAAUGAGGGGAAAAUGGGUUGUGUUUACAUGUGGGAUGAUGGCGCUAAAGAUGUUAUUGAGAUUAUCAAGCACGAGAGGGAAACCACGGGAGAUAUGAAGAACAACUUUGAGGCUCGUACUGUUCUAGUUGGGCAUUCAAUGGGCGGAUUUACUGCUUUGUAUGCAUCCUUUUUAGAAUCAACCCUAUUUGACUCCGUUGUUGCUAUAGAACCGGUGAUUUAUGGAACACCUGAGACUGAAGCAAGGUUUAUGCGGCUGUUUAAGAAGUUGGUUGGCUUGAUGAUGGAUACUUUUGAUACCGAACAGGAUGCCAGGGACUAUUUUGAGAAAUACUCAUUCACUAAACGUUUUCAAUCUGAUGUAUUGAAAGAUUACGUUGAUGAUGAAGUAUAUAAGACAAAAACCAAAGAGGGGAAAUAUGUCUAUAAAGCUAAAUGCCUGAAGGUGAGCCAGAUGACGACAUAUUUGAGUUCUCACAUGUCCAUCAUAAAGGGCAUGUUAGCGUUACCGUUGAUCAGAGUUCCAGUGUUUCAUGUUGUUGGUGGAGCAGCUAAUUGGAACUUGCGAGAGAGUAUUGACUGGAUUCGUAAUGCCAUUGCUCCAAAUAUGUUAGCAGGUGCUAUAGAUAUUGACAAGGGACAACACUUGGUGAACUCUGAGCAACCAAACGAUGUGAUUAAAGUCAUCAACAACGCUUUAACGAAACGAGACACCGAUUUUAAAGUUUCAAAACCUACUGUUCCUGAAAUUGCUUUGAAUGGAGACAGAAAGGCACUCCUUGAUCAACAAUACAAUCUGAUUCUGAAUCUUGACAUGGAAAAUGUUUACGGUUAUGAUAAUAAGAAACAUAUCCCGUUUGAUUUGGUUGCGAAUAAACCCAGUAGCAAGUUAUAG